CACGUUUGUUAUUACCGCGGUAUAGGUUAUGGUACGAUUUACAAAUUUAAAGAAACGACAAAAUGAUUACUGUCAGCAGACAGUAUUUUUGCAACAGCAGACUGCAGUUGAAUUUUUAAGACAAAUAUAAUACAUAAUCAAUUUAUAUUCUUGGAAGAGACUUUGCUUACAAAAGUGUUUUUUUUCUUGAUAAGCCAUAUCCCAUAAGCAAUUUAAUACGGUUCACGCCAACCUUUGUUAUGAUGAUUCAAAUGCUAAAUUUGAUGGCUGUAUACUAAUUAAAGAACUUGAUACUACCUAUAGUCGUAGCAGCGGUGCUGGAGUGCAGCAUGUAAAUCGCACAAAUAGUAAAGUAGAUUUAAGGUUGCAUCUAGAAAGUGCUACGUGGCUAGCAGAGGAUAUUAGAAAUAAAUUAUUGGAACAGGUUUGUAAUUCUUCACAACUACAAACAAAUGUUACAACUAUAAGUAAUGAUUUCACAUAAGAAAGCUGAAGAUCCUAAAAAAAUUGAGAUAAAUAAUAUGAGAAGUGGCAAAACCAUAAUUACAAAUACCUCCUGAAACUUUGGAAAUGAAAAGAAAACAGCAUUUUAGAGCAGCAAGACAAAGACUUUUUGAAAAACAAAGACAUUCUGAAAUCAAACAAUUUAGAGGAGCUUCUACUAUGGGCUUUUAAUGUUCUUUAUGUUAUAUGUUGUACAUAUAACAAUAUACUUUUCAAUAAAUGAAAUAUAAUACAAAAUAUAUAAUCAUAGAAUAUUUUACGGAAAUGAUGCAAGUCCUUGGUUAUCCUGGAUUAAUUUCUGUUGGAAAUUUUCGACUGCCAAAUUUUCCACUGGGUGCUGAAAUUCUUGUUUGGCUGCUCAAAAGAUUUGACCCAGAUGCGGAUAUAUCUAGUGAGCAUAAUGCUGUAGAAGAGCAUAUUUCAUUAAUACGUGCAGUUGCUGAAUUUAUGGCUUUAAAAACAAAUGUCAAAUUAAAUACAAAAGAAUUAUACCUAGCUGAUGGCUAUGCUGUAAAAGAAUUACUAAAAGUAGCCACAUUACUAUACGAUGCACAAAAUAAUAGUAUUAAUAACAGCAUAAUGUCUGAUGGUAAUUUUAGUACAGUUAGUUUUGACAUUUCCAAUAAAGUAAAUGAAUUGAAAUCAACUAGGCAAUUAGCCAGUCAGUUGACUGUUACUGGUGCAUCACUUUUUGACUUAUUAGGUUGUGAAGUUGAUCUCAGAGAGAUUCAUAACUCAAAAGUUGCUAGACAAUUUGACAUCACAGAAAUUGAGAUGGCCUUGAAAAGUGUUAUAGAAGAUGUACAUAAAGAAAUUGAUGACACUAAAAAACAAAUUGAGAACGUUAAGGACACAGAGCGAAGUUUGGAUACAAGAAUUGAAAGAUGACAUGCAAAGCUUGACAGCAACCAAAAGAGAUUGCAAACAUUAAGAAAGCUACAUCCAGUUUUCAUGAAGAAAUUUGAAAAAUUUGAAGUUGAAUUAAGAGUUUUAUAUGACGACUACAUUAAAAAAUUUCGUUACUUUGCGUACCUUGAAUAUCUGUAUGAAGAUACAGCUAAGACAGAGCAAGAAAGAUUUGAAAGAAGACAAGAAACAAAACGAAAACAAUUAGAAAAAAUGAAGGCAGAAGAUGCUAAGUUUGAAAGCAUAAUGGAAAGAAAUGAUUCUAUAUUACCUAUUAAUCUUCAAGAGCCUCCGCCUCCUCUCGCUAAUACAGAAAAACAAAAUACCGAGAAAAUAACACUAAGUAGUCGAUUGAAAUCAGCUGGCCGAUCAUCAAGAACGCAAAUAUCACAGCGUCGUAUUUACGGAAGUAUGUCUGGAUGUCAGAGAGGGACUAUUCAAGAAUCAAAUGAAACUGAUGGCUCGCUAGAUAGUGACAGAGACUUGUUAAUCGAUCAUGAUCUCAAUGACGACGAUGAUAAUGAUAUUCUAGACUCUGUAGAAGGAGCAGAAAUUGGGAAUUUUGAUUUGAAGGUUGGACAAGAAAAACGUGUCGUUAGUAAGUUAGAUCACUCGGAUGAGGAUUUUUAACCAUUACAAAAAACAAUUACAAAAAUUUCAAAAUAUACCGUCCAUGUAAUUAUCGAUCUCUAUAUGCACAUUUUUACAAUAACUAUAAAUAGGUGUCAAUAAAAGGUAAUAUAUUAAUA